CUUGAAUUAAACUCUGUUGCACCGCCGAGAGUCCCGGAUACUACGUCGGUAGUUUCCACGGCGCCCUGAAAAUCCUACCCGAUCGACAUGUACUACGUACUCACCUGUGCGUUCGUGCCGGAAUUUUUAAAUGACAAAGUCACACUGCAUCAUUCAAUCGACCUGCUGAUUCGCUGUGCUCCUGCUGACAUGCAGUGGAAACUUUUGCACUAGGCUGGUGACACAAGGGAGGAGGUAAGCAGUCAGCCGCACGUACAUAAGCCUCCUCCCCUCUGUCUCCGUCUUCUCUCGGAACUCCUCAUUCACCUUCGAUUCAUUGACAAGAUGAAAUUGAAUAAUUUCCUCCCCUUCUUUGCCUUGGCAGGCCAUGCUCUCGCAUCGCCCAAACAGGAAACCAUUGAGGUCGAUGUUUGUAUUGUCGGCGGCGGCGCAACUGGUGCUUACGCUGCAGUCAAGCUGCGAGAGGAUUACAAGAAGAAGGUCGUGGUGAUUGAGAAGGCCAACAGACUUGGCGGUCAUGUCCACGCUUACAAGCCGAACGGCAGCUCGACACCGAUCAAUUAUGGAGUCCAGGCGUACCUUGACCGAGACACAACCAAAGCUUUCUUCAAGAGAUUCAAUGUCGGACUCGUCUCCCCCAAUCUGAUCAGCGCCGCCGAGGGGUUGCUCACCACCAAGGACAUUGAUUUCAGCACUGGUAAAAAGGUCGAUCCCGACUACGGUACUAUCAACUCCACUGUCGCCCUGGCCACAUAUGCUGCAUUGGCCAUCAAGUACCAACCCUGGUUCGAGAACGGCUACUUCAAGAAGGGAGAGGUCCCCGAGGAUCUCCUACUUCCCUUUGGCGAGUUUCUUGAAAAGUACCAGCUUGGAAGUGCUCUUUCCGUCCUUCGAACUCUCAUCUGGCUUUCCGACGCGACGCACACCCCAACUUGGAAUGUCAUGGCUGUUGUCGGAGAGCCUCAACUUGCGGCCUUUGGAUUCGGUCUUACCGGUCCUUCUUUCAAGUAUCCAUCCACAGGCUCUACCCUGUCACUCUACGACAACGUCUACAACUUGAUCAAGGAUGACGUUCUUCUUGAAAGCACUGUUGCCUGGAGCAAGCGAACUUCCCAGGGCUCAGAGCUCGUCGUGCAGACACCCUCUGGCAAGAAGACCAUCAAGGCCAAGAAGGUCCUCUUCGCAGCAACUCCAUCCCCAGACAACGUUGGAACCUGGGAUCUCGAUGCCAAAGAGAAGUCGCUCUUCUCCAAGUUCUCUUGGGAGACGCUGUACGUCGGCGUCGUCGGCAAGACAGGCCUACCCAAGACCGUCGGCGGCAUUACCAACACCGCUGACAACGCCACCAACUACUACCUUCCACGAGGUAACUUUGUCGAUGCCUACUCUCGCUCGGGUGAGCAGGACUUCUGGACAACUCGUGUCCUUGGCACGGCCAGCCUGACAGCUCAAAAGGCCAAGGAUCUCAUCAAGCAGGUGUUUACCAACAUCGGCAAGGCUGGAACUUACGAUGUGACCACUCCUGAUAUUCUUGCAUUUGCGUCACACGGCUUGACUGUUCCCAAGGUCUGUCCUGAGGAGCUUGAGCGCGGCUUCUACAACAAGAUUUAUGCUCUUCAGGGCCAGCGUAACACGUUCUGGACUGGCCUCACUUGGGCUCCUGACUACACUCCUAUUCUCUGGGACUUCACUGAGAAGUUGUUCCCCCAGAUCCUGGCUGGUCUUUGAGCGUGGUCACUUUAGUGGUGAUAGGUAAAGCGUUGCGAGAUACGCGACUUGAGUGCUUAUACAGCCAGCUUAGAGUUCUAUUCAUUAUGAAACAUUAUUUUAUAGACUGGUCUAUCGAUAUAGCCAUGUGAAGCAUUUAGUAUUCCCUUGUGGCCUAAUUGUAAUGAAGAAUUCUACCUUGCUGGUAUCAAUUGGGUUUAACUGCGCGAUCUGAACCCUGGGUUACAUAAAGAUACGCUCGUGAUAGGUGCAUUGCUUACCUGGCAAGCCCUGGUUCACUUUAGAUAUAAAGACAUACCCCGGACUGUCUUCUAAUAGCAACUGAAAACAGGCCAAACACGUUAUGUAUAAGAUGCCAAAAGGAAAACAAUUAAGAAAAUUCAUUGCAAUAGCUUCGAGAACAUGAUUUGCUUUCGGGGACUUUAAAUAGUUAGUAUUGCUUGUUUCAACUGGAUUUCGCCCUCACUAAUAGCGAAGUAUUUGAACGUCUUCUCAGGCAGUGAGCAAGGUCGAGUAAACAGAGUGUGCUCCAUUACUCCAAUGCAAGGCUCAGGAUUGUAACCAUUCUGGUCAUUCGGGAGAACUAGGAUGCAGCUUACAUCACACUAUCUUACAUGUGUAGCAUGUGAAGUCAACGUCAAGGAGGUCUAGAAUUGAAUCCAUCAUCAGAUCGAGACAAAAGCGUUCGGGGGUCUAAACGCUAUGACCACUAACAACAGCCUAAAAAGGAGCCACCAUAUUUGGAUCCUAGGUAAUGCAAGGGGCAUUUUUCCACCACAGGCAAUCGACUGGUCUAGAAACGAGUGUAGGAUUUA